CUAAAGAACUGACAUCAACUGACACUUUGACUCAUGAACAAGAACAAGAACGCAAGAACGCAACGCAGAAACAACCGACAAGCAAAGCAACAGUGCAGUGUGUAGAGUUAAAUCCCUUUGUACGAUGGCGGAAUUUAUUUCGGUGCCACUAAAGAAGCCGACCGAUGUAGAUAUUAUCAAACCACUUAAAAACUUAAUAUCCGCUUCUUUUAGUACGGCAGACAAGCCGGAAGAUUAUGGUGAUGCGAUUUCAGAACUCAGUAAGAUUCGGAACAAUGCCGUCUGGAGGGUAUUCGAGAAGUACGAGAGCUCACUGGAGGUUAUUUACAUGUAUUAUGAUCAAUUGUGUGCCCUGGAGGCCAAAGUUCCUGCACAUGAAGUUCAAAUACCCUUCAAAUGGAAGGAUGCAUUUGAUAGAGGAACAUUUUUUGGUGGUAGAAUCAGCCUAACUGUGUCUUCCUUGAGCUACGAAAAAGUUUGUGUCCUUUUUAAUAUAGCUGCCUUGCAGAGUGCAGUUGCAGCGUCUCAAAGCUUAGUCAGCGACGAAGGACUGAAACUCGCUGCUAAACUAUUUCAGUUAUCUGCUGGAAUUUUUCACCAUCUCAAGGGAACUGUGAUGCUGGCAAUCCAGCAGGACCCAACCCCUGAUCUGAACCCAGAUACCUUGGCUGCUUUGAGUGCUAUAAUGCUUGCUCAAGCUCAAGAAAUGUUUGUCCAAAAAGCCAUUCAUGAUAACAUGAAGCCUGCUGUUAUUGCUAAGCUUUGUGCUCAAUGCGAAGAAUAUUAUUCUGAAGCCAUGAAAGCCAUGCAGAAGGAACAAUUAAAGCCUUUGUGGGAACGAGAAUGGAUUUCUCUGAUUGCUGGAAAACAAGCAUCUUUCCAUGGUUUGACUGAGUACUAUCAGGGAUUAGUAGCCCAUGAGAACAAAGCUAUUGGUGAAGAGAUCUCUCGCUUGGAGAAAGCUGUGGAGUUGUUAAAAGCUGGUCAGCAACGUUCGGGUCACCCUUCUCUCUUUGAGGAACUUACCAACAAGGCUACAAGGGCUCUAAACGAUGCCAAAAAAGAUAAUGACUUCAUUUACCAUGAGCGAAUUCCUGACUACAAAAAUUUGCCACCUGUUGCUAAAGCUGCUAUUGCGAAAGCCCUUCCUUUACCUGAGCGACUGAGUCAUAACUUCAAAGAUCUAUUUGAGAACCUUGUACCUGUCACUGUUCACCAAGCCAUGGCUGCAUAUGAUGUUCGUAAGUCAGAAAUAGUGAAUGGGGAAGUGUCCAAGUUGAGAGAUGCUACCAAUAUGUUAAACAGUAUUCUUGCAUCCUUAAACUUACCGGCAGCUCUUGAGGAAGAAUCGGGCGCAGCUGUUCCCCACUCCUUGGUUGAUAAAUCAAAUGCAGUGAUUGCCUUGGGUGGCGUGACUGCACUUCAAAAUCAAAUUACUGAUCUUCCUGAACUUUUGCAAAGAAAUAGGGACAUUCUUGUAGAGGCUGAAAGAUUGCUCAAUCAAGAACAAGAGCAAGACGAUCAGCUUCGUGAGCGGUUCAAGUCAUGGAACCGCACUCCAUCUGUUAAGCUGACGGAAACAUUCCGUGCCAACUUGGCUAAGUAUAGGGAGAUCAUAAACACUGCUGUUCAGUCAGACAAGGUUGUCCGUGAGAAAUUCGACACCCAUGUGAAAGCGAUGGAGUUACUGUCUGGAGGCGAAAGUGCGAUGAGCGAAGCUCUACCAAGUGGCAGUAGUGGUGGUGUUAGUUCAACUAGUGCUGCAUACCGCAGGCUCAAGGAACUCAUGGAAGAUGUGGAGGUUAUUAAGGCAGAGCGGGCUGCAAUUGAAUCAGAAUUGAAAUCAGCAACCAUCGAUAUGAAAUCAACAUUUUUGUCAGCUUUAGCUCAAGAUGGGGCUAUCAAUGAAGCCGCCAUAAGCAUGGAGAGUCUUGGCAGGGCUUUCAGUCCCUUGCAACAGCAAGUGAAAGAUUCAUUGCAACGUCAGGAAAGACUCGUUGCUGAGAUUCAGACCAAAAACAAUGAGUUUGUCCUUGAGAAGAACUCUGCAGGAGGAGCUUCUCAACACAGAGAGCAAAUGCUGAUGCAGUUAGCUGCUGCACAUGAUGCAUUUAUGGAACUUCAAAGCAAUUUGAAGGAAGGAAAUAAAUUUUACAAUGACCUCACCCAGCUCCUUGUGGUCUUCCAAAACAAGAUUUCUGAUUUCUGCUUUGCUCGUAAGACAGAAGUGAAUGAACUUGUAGAGAAUAUUGCAAAUGAGAAGCCAGGUGAAGGAAUUUCAGAUGCCAAGAAGGCUGCCCCACCACGUCCUCCCCCGCCAGCAUCUUCCCCCAGUUCUGCACCAGCUGCUCAGCCAGGACCUUCAUCUGCUGGGCCCCAACUUCCAUACCCAGCAUAUCCUGUCGGAAUGCCUGUCCCUUAUGGGGCUUCAAACAACAUGCCAUACCCCACGUAUGUGCCUCCACCCAUGCCCCAGAGCUACAACCCCUAUGCCACCAUGGGCAACGUGCCAUACCCCCAGCAAGGUGAGAACAGCCAAGUGCCUCCACUGCCAAGUGCCACUGACCUGGCCCAACCUUGUUCCAAACAUGGAGGGGAUAGAACUCCAGCUGCACCCGACUGCACUAUUUGCUGAAGAGUAGCUAGCUUUGACACUAUUUUUCUUCUUUUUUUUUCCUUACGCUUUCAUUGCACUUGCACUGAUUUAUGCUCUUGUGUAGUAUUGGACUUAUCGAUAAGCUUCCCAAUGUUAUCAUGUACAUAUAUCACGUAUAAGCGUUUUGUUUUAAUCUCAUGUUACAGUUGUGUUAUCUUUUAUAUUUUUUUCUUGGAUGUUGUUUGUGCUUGUCUCCUUGUUCUGUGAUUGAACCUUCUUUUUGUUUUGUUUUUGCCCUUUUGUGUAUGUACUUGAAGCUAUGUAUCUGUGUUUAGUAGCACUUGCUUUAGCUUUUUAUUUUUUAUGCGUGCUUUAGAGUUGGGCAAAGAUUAAGAAAAAUCAGAUUGAGGCAGUUCUUGCAUGGUCACUCUUGACUUGAUGCAGUUGACCUCUUCUAUUUUGUUUCAUGAAGAAAAUAUUUGUGACAAAGGAAUCUCAUGAAGUUAAUUUUUAGGUUUCCAUUUAAACUUGUUGAGAGUUUUGCCAUUUUUAUCAGGAAUAAUAAUUAUUGAAGCACACAUUACAUUGUAAAGAACAAAUUACAAUCUCAUUUGUGUACUGCCCAAGCUUCUGCUUACUACUUAGUUUAGCUACAUACUUGUUAUGUCGAAACUCUUCUCCUUAUUUUUUCUUCUGUUCUUUGUUUACAAUCUUAGAGAUGUUGCAUCACUUUACUUUUUUUUUGUUAGUUACUUUAAUCAUUCUCUCCAACUUUUGUGUGGUCAAAAGGAUAAUCAAUCUGAUUUGUGGCCAUUUUCCUCUCCCCGUGAUUGAUUCUAUAUAUAUUCUUUGCUAUCAAUAAAAAAAAAUCAACUACUUGAGCAUUGUGCUCUCACAUACAUGCUUCACCUUUUGAAAAUUUGACCAACCACCUUAUAGUUUAGAACGUAUUUUGUGAUUUAUUUCUUAAGUGUGUGAUUUAAUGUGAAUUAUCAUAAAAUUUUAAUUUAGAAGUA